AUGGCGAAUUCCAAAUACGAAUAUGUCCGGCUCUUCGAACAAGACCAGACCCUGUUGCCCAACACCUGGAUCGUCGUGCGCGUCGAUGGCCGAGGCUUCCACAAGCUCUCCAACCACUAUGAGUUCGCAAAGCCCAACGAUCGGCGUGCUCUCGAUCUAAUGAACGCCGCUGCGUCACACGUCGUGCGAUCCAUCGCAGAUGUGUGCUUCGCCUAUGGUGUAAGCGACGAGUACUCAUUCGUCUUCGAGCGCAACACACAGAUGUUUGAGCGCCGCCGAGACAAGCUGGUGAGUACCGUAGUGUCAACCUUCACCGCCGCGUAUGUCCUCCUGUGGCCGCAACACUUCCCCUCAACCCCUCCAUCCCCACCAACCAGCGUCAAUGCGGACGCUGGGCCAGCACCAGCAAGCCACCUCGACGCAAGCCACCUCCCCACCUUCGACGGCCGCGCAGUCGUCUACCCUACCACCGCGAACCUGCGCGACUACCUCUCCUGGCGACAGGUCGACUGCCACAUCAACAACCUCUACAACACCACCUUCUGGACCCUAGUGCUGCGCGGCGGACUCUCCCAAACUGGCGCCGAAGAGCACCUCAAGGGCACCGUCUCGUCGGACAAGAACGAGAUGCUCUUCUCCCGCUUCGGCAUCAACUACAACAACGAGCCGGACAUGUACCGAAAGGGGAGCUGCGUGUUUCGAGAGUACGAGACUACCGCUCACGACGACGAUGACAAGGAGAGGAGCAAUGCCGCUGCUGCGGCGCCGCUCAUGUCACAACCGGCUCGGGACGACAACGAAGAAACGCGCUCAUCCGACGUGCCCGAACCACCACUCUCAAAGACACAGCAGGAGAAGCAGCGGAAAGCCAAAGCCAAGGCACAGGUCGUGGUCAGGCAUCUGGACAUUAUCAAAGACGACUUCUGGAACCGGCGGCCGUGGAUCCUCUUGAGCGGUGGAAGGCCGCCGCCCAACAAGAGUGUGUCGGUAAUACAAUCGUGA